AAAAGACGUCAGCGUGGAGAUAGUGGACAAAGCCCUCUGCUCAUGCGACUUAUCGUGACCUCCGGGAUGGUGUCCAGCGAGGCGGGGGGACACAGUUACCUGGUGUCCUGCUGGCAGCCCAUCCUGAUCCUGAUGCUGGGCACGGUGUUGUCGGGUUCCACCACCGGCUGCCCCUCGCGAUGUGACUGUAGCGGCCAGGAGCGCUCCGUGGUCUGUAACCGCCGCAGACUGGCCGCUCUCCCUGAGGGCAUCCCCACCGAGAUCCGCCUCCUGGACCUCAGCAAGAACCGGCUCAAGGUGCUGGGGCCGGAGGAGUUCCUCAACUACCCUGGGCUGGAGGAGCUGCAGCUGAACGAGAACAUCAUCUCCUCCAUCGAGCCAGGAGCCUUCAGCAACCUGCUCAACCUGAGGACAUUGGGGCUGAGGGACAACCAGCUGAAGCUCAUCCAGCUGGGAGUGUUCACUGGCCUGACCAACCUGACGCAGUUGGACAUCAGUGAGAAUAAGAUCGUCAUCCUCUUGGACUACAUGUUCCAGGAUCUGUACAACCUGAGGGAGCUGGAGGUGGGGAACGAUGACCUGGUCUUCAUCUCCCCUCGCUCCUUCCAUGGCCUCAGCAGCCUGGAGAGUCUGGGCAUUGAAGGACGCAGUUUGUCGGCCGUGCCCACUGAUGCUCUGAGCCAUCUGCAUAACCUGCUGUCACUGCGUCUACGUUUUUUCAACGUCUCACUGCUCCGGGAUUACUCCUUCAAAAGGCUGUACCGACUGCGCGUGCUGCAGAUCUCCGACAUGCCUGUUCUGGAUACUAUGACCUCCAAAUGUUUGUUUGGCCUCAACCUCACCUCUCUGUCAGUCACAAACUGUAAUCUGUCAGCUAUUCCGUACGAAGCCAUCAGCCACCUGAGGCAUCUGCGAUUUCUCAAUCUCUCCUUCAAUCCCAUUCACAGCGUGGAAGGGCACCACUUGCACAAUCUGCAGAAGCUCCAAGCCUUCCAUUUGGCCGGUGGGAGGUUAACCACGAUCGAGCCCUACUCAUUCCGUGGGCUCAACCACUUGCGUGUGCUAAAUGUGUCCAGUAACAGCCUGAGCUCUCUGGAGGAGUCCGUGUUUCACUCAGUGGGGAACCUAGAGACUCUGGCCCUGUAUGACAACCCUCUGGCCUGCGACUGCCGCCUGCUCUGGGUAUUCCGACGGAGGUGGAGGCUAAACUUUAACAAGUACCAGCCCAGGUGCGCCUCCCCCGAUAUAGUUCAAGGAAAGGAGUUCAAGGACUUCCCGGAUGUGCUGCCAACGGCUUACUUUACCUGUGAGAAAUCUAAGAUUGUGGAUUAUAAAAUUCAGGAGAGCCAUGUGGAUGAGGGCACUACAGUGCACUUUCCAUGCCCAGCAGAGGGAGACCCUGCUCCUACCAUCAUGUGGCUGUCUCCUAAAAAGGAUUACAUCACCACCAAAACAGUGGGCUCCAGGCUGUCUGUGUCCGCUGAUGGCACUCUGGAGGUGAGAUAUGCUCAGAUCCAGGACAAUGGCACAUACACGUGCAUCGCCAGUAACGCAGCAGGCAAUGACAGUAAAGCCGCGCACCUCUUUGUGCACAGCUACUCCCCCAACUGGCCCCAUCAGCCCAACAAGACCUUUGCCUUCAUCUCCAACCAGCCCAGCGAGGAGGGGGGCAAUGUGACCCGCGCCUCCCUCCCCUUCCCCUUCGACAUGAAGACCUUGAUCAUCGCCACCACCAUGGGCUUCAUCUCCUUCCUGGGCGUGGUGCUCUUCUGCCUGGUCAUCCUGUUCCUCUGGAGCAGGGGCAAGGACAACCCAAAGCCCAGUAUAGAGGUGGAGUAUGUGCCCAAAGAGGAGGGCGAGGAGACCAGCCCCACUGAGCCCCCUGUGCAGUUUAACAUGAAGAUCAUGUGAGAAACAGACUGUGGAACACUCAAGUCCAGAGUACUCAUCAUGAGCUCCAAAUGAAGGUUUAUUUUUACUUCAGGGACUGAAUAUUUACUAUGAAAUGUCUCAUUUCUAUCUCUGAUUUGUGUAAAUCUGCAUUGGUAAUGUCCUCAGUCUGUAAACAUGCAUUCCCCAGUCACAGCAAAGGACUGAUCCCACACACAGUUUACACUACACUCAUAUUCUGAAUAUUUCAGAGCAGUCUUGGCCUUUUAUUGGUGGAUUUUAAAAGCACAAAAUAAUGAUAAGACAAGAGCAAAGGACAUCUGCUGAGACUGUGUGAGGACAGAAGGAGAGGCUGAUUUUAAACUCUUGGUUUUAUCAGUUCACUUUACUCCUGUUCAAACUCUUUGUGUGAUGUAUGAGUAGUGGGGGGUCAGUGUGGGGGCGGGGCUUCGCCUGCAGUGUAGAGCAUCUGACACUCUGACCCGGGAUCAGCUCCUGGUCGGGACUGCCUCUGUUCUUUGUAAUGACUGCUAUAAAUAUUUUCUGUAUCCUAUCUCUGUGUACAUUAUGCUAUGACCUAAUGGACAUGACCUAAUGGCUGUUACCGGCUCUGGGGUGAACAUAUUCUAACGAGCAGAAAGCAAUUACUAUAAUCAUAACUCACGCGGCCAACAGAGGGCUCCUUCCCCGCCAGCCCGCCGCAGUAAUUCUCCCUCUCACAAAUCCAUUUUAUUAUGACGUAUAUUAGAGGAGAUUUAUUCGCUCAAGUGCUAAGGUUUACAGUCAGUGAUCAUAUUCAAACCUUAUUAAUUUGUUGCCUUAUGUAAGUCACGUGGCCGCAUUAGACUGAGCAAUGCCCACUAUUACCGUCUUUCUAUUGGAGCGUCAAACGAGCUUUAAGCCUCAUAAGGAUUUUUCUGUUGCCUAAUUAAUUUCACAGUGAAGUCUGCUCGAAUAUUGCAGCGUUCAUUACGUCUCCGGCUUGUUCCUGAGGGGUGGGCAGAUGGAAGUUGUAUAAAAAUAAAUGACUUUUUCUACGA